UCCCUUUGAAAAAAAGAAAAAGAAAAACAGUUGCUUCAUCCCUCCAAUAAGGGAACUUAAGGUUACGUUGUUCAAAGGAAGGUGCACUAGCAUCCUAGAACUACUUCUGACAGCUCCUACAUCUCCUCAAGGCUCUCGUCAGUAAAAGUCACCCCUCACAUGAUGGCGGACCCGUGGCAGAACGCAUACGACUAUGCAGUUCAAGUUGCAAGAGCGGCUGGAGCGGUAAUUAGGAAAGCCGGGGAGGACGAAAUAAAGGUCCAGACUAAGAGCUGCGCUGUAGACCUCGUCACUCAGACUGACGAGAGGGUGGAGAAAAUCAUCAUCGGGUCUCUGAAAGAAGAAUUCGGAGAUGGCACACACUGUUUCAUUGGAGAAGAGUCCGUCGCACAGGGGAAGCCGUGCAUCUUGACUGACAAACCCACGUGGAUCAUCGACCCGGUGGACGGCACCACGAACUUUGUUCAUGGAUUCCCGUUCGUGGCUGUGUCCAUCGCCUUUGCGGUGAACAAGGAGCUGGAGUUUGGUGUGGUGUACAGCUGCUUGGAAGACAAAAUGUACAAAGCAAGAAAGGGGAAGGGAGCUUUCUGCGACGAUGAACAGAUUCAGGUGUCCGAUGUAAAAGAUAUCAAUAAGUCCAUUAUCAUCUCGGAGCAUGGAACUGACAGGAGCAUAGAAAAAGUAACCAAGAUCUUCUCCACCAUGCAGAAGAUCCUCCGCAUCCCAGUGCACGGGCUCCGGGGGUCAGGGACCGCUGCCACCAACAUGUGUCUGGUGGCCUCGGGGGCGUCGGAGGCCUUCUUUGAGAUCGGGAUCCACUGCUGGGACAUCGCUGCUGGAGUGGUUAUAGUCAGAGAAGCCGGAGGAAUAAUACUGGAUGUUGAUGGGGGACCGUUCGAAUUGAUGUCUCGAAGGAUGAUGUCGGCGAACAACGACGUUAUUGCUCAGAGGAUCAUCAAAGAAAUUGAAAUAUUCGAUGUGGUGAGGGACGACGCGCCGGUGCCGACGAAAUGAAGACAUCCUAAUGCAUUUCAAAAUGAGUACGAUAAUAAAGUUACUGUGCCGUGAUCACC